AUGUUGAAGAGGGCUUAUCUGAGUCGGGCGGUCCUUUCGCAGCGAGAGGCUUCCUACUCCAAGACCCCUCUCAAGAAGACAGGCGCUUUCGGCGAUGUCAUCCACAACGAUGCCAUUUUUAAGGGACGAGCGCAUCUUCUCGACCAGAAGAAACUUGCUGCGCCUGCUUCUUGGAAAUUGACCGCUGCUGACUUGAAAAACACGAAAUCAAAAAUUGACGAUGAACAGUUCCCAGUUCCAGAACACAGAUACAACUUCCACGCCCGACCUUUCUUCGGCUUCCGGGGUGCCUACGUCGGACAGCGAAUUGAGUACGACGAGAUUCUUCCUCGAUGCAAGGGCAAGCUCAGCGGCCUCGAGUGGAAAGGACUCACCGAAGAGGACCGAUACACUGCCAGAAACUGGUACAUCAGAGCUCACCAGAAGAACAUCCGCGAGUCUAGCCACUACCAAUACAAGAACUUCACCCAGGGCGAGCGAGGAAGCUACAUGUUCGUCCUUAUCUUCUCCGUCGCCCUCUGGUUGAUGGUCAAUCAAGGUCUUCCCUGGGAAAACAACCGAAUCUGGAUGUCUGGCAAUCCAGACAACCAAGCCGAAAUCGGAACCAAGCCAAGCUUGAUCAUGUCAACUCCAGUUCUUGGCGAUAUUCUUCUCUUUUUCGUCAAUGGACAGUUCCUCCGAAACGAUUGGGGAGCUGAUCAAUAUCCUCUCUGGGCUGAGCGAGACGGCGGAAUCGACCCUGUCGCCGACCGAGAUCUUCUCAAGAGACGAGAUCUCGUCGGAGUCACUCCACUCGGUCUCUGGGAAGUGCGGGAAAACGGAAAAGUCAAGAGCACGCCUUCCGACUCUUUCCGCUCCGAACACGAGCUCUACGCGGACGGCGCCGAAGGCCCAUCCCAAAUCGGUCCAUACGAUGUUUCCACAUGGAAGUCUGGCAAAAAGAUUAACUCUGCUCACGAAGGCGUCGGCCACUCUACUCAAUCUUACAUCUUCUCGACUGGUCAAGGCUGCGCGUACCAUUCUAGAGGAUGA